UAGUGUCGCUGUUAUCAGCCUACUGCGACUACUUCCUACUAGAACUAGGGUUACUGGUUAGCGGAAACGUGCAAAAUAUUAUGUACGGACGUGCAAUAAUGCAAGUGGUGCACUCGGUGGCCAUCGACGACAACAGCAACAACAACAAUAAGUACUAACAGACAAUUCAGACAAGUAGACAACAACAACUCUGCCGCGAUCGCGAACCGAUCCUGACGCCAAAAGCCAAAAACUGCGACGCAAAUGGCGGGGUUGUCAAUUCUCCGCCUCGGGACAAAUGGAUCGUGGAUGGGAUAAAUCAAAUCACGUGCGCGACCUGUUAAUUUUUUUUUUCGAAAACCCCGUACGAUGAGCAUUUACAAAAAGGUCGACUUUUACGAGCUGUGCCGGCUCUGCAUGUGCGUAGGCGGCAAGAAACACCACCUAUUCAAGAGUCAAGAGAGCAGCGAUCGGCAGCUACAGUUCAAACUGAAAAAGUGUAUACCCCUGCAGAUCAAAGAAAGUGAUACUUUACCGAAAGGAGUAUGCGAAAACUGUAUAGUAAAAAUGGAAGAAUUUUAUGAUUUUAUAGACCAAUGUGUAAAUACUGAAUCUAUGCUAAAAAGUUACUGUGCAACUUUAAGUGUUUCUGAUCAAGCAAAAUGCCAAGGAAAAGUUUAUGUACGAGAAUCUUUAGAAGAUAAUUCUGCAAGUACAAAGAAAAAUGAUAACUCUGAUCAUUCAUCAUCUGUGCUUACAAUGCAGAGUCUGUCCAAUCUUGUUCAAUCUGGUUCAAUACAAAUAGUAAAUGAUGUAAACAGUAGUUAUCAAGAUUUUUGUAAAUAUGAUAAUAAUAUGCAGCAAGUAAUAACUAGUACAACUAAUGGAGUUGAAUCCAUGAAAUACAACUAUACAGUAGCCAAUAAUUCAAAUCAGUCGGUUCAAACAGAUUCAUCUAAUGAAGAAAAUGAUGCUAGUGAAAAUGUUCAAACCAUUUACUCUAUGCCUGAUAUUCCUAGUUCAGAUAAAGAAGAUUCUGAAAUGAACGUACAUUCUUUAAGUUAUGUGACUCCAUUAACUGUUGAACCAGAGAUGCUUCAUUUUCAAUUUAAUAAAUCUGAUAAUGAUCAAGAUUCAGAUUUGGAUAACAGUAAAUCUAGUGAUAAAACUUUUAUGAAUGGCUUUUUACCAACGGAUGGAGCUCUUGCAUCAUGCACUGCAUGUGGGAAAGUAUUAGAAUCUGAGGAAGAAAUUGUUAUGCAUAGUCAGAUGUGCAAAGCUAUAAAUAAUAGAAGUGUUCCUAAUUUGCCAACAAGAAGUACAAGAGAUACAAUGCCUCCAAGAUUUCCUUGUGAUGUUUGCGAGAAAAAAUUUAAAAGAAAAGAGCAUUUAAUUCAGCAUAGGAAACUCCAUACUGGGGAACGACCAUACAGCUGCGAGACAUGCUCUAAAUCAUUUAGUCGUAAAGAACAUCUUAUGCGUCACAUGUUGAGUCACACAGGUCAACGAUUGUAUGGGUGUGAUUUGUGUCAAAAACAUUUUAGUCGUAAAGAUAAUCUUCAUAAGCAUCGAACCACACAUGGAGUUACUGGACCUCUUGUCUGUGAAGUUUGUGGUAAAUCAUUUAUUGUAAAACACUACUACGAUAUGCAUAUGGCAACACAUAAUGAGGUUGAUGAUAAUCAGUUACCAUAUGUGUGUGACAUAUGCAAGAAACGGUUUGCUACAAGUCAAAUUUUAGUUACUCAUCAAUUCAAGCAUCAGGCCAAAGAUUAUACUAAUGAUAUUAAAUUGAAGCCCGGAUCUGUUAUUGAAAAAUUGAAAAAUGAAGUUGAUCUACAAGGGAAGCAAAAUCAACUAUCUAAUGUGCCAAAUAUAAAUACAUAUCAAGUAUCUUAUGAAGAUAAUAAUUCGUAAAUAAUUACAAAAAGGUAUAAAGCCCAAAAUGUUCAGGUUUUCAGGGUGAUAAUUAUGGGUUCCUACAAACACUAGUUUUAAAUUUUAGUCAUAUGAUUUUACUUGUAUGUUACAUUUUAAAUUUUAUGACUAUUGAAAGAAUGACUCAAAUUUCAAGUUAUUUUUGUGUAGAAUAAUUUUUUUUUUAAUUUUUGGUGGUUUUGCCAAUUAUUAUUAUUUUUUUUUUAGAAAAUCAAAACAUUAGUAAAUUAUGUUUCCAAUUAACUUUAGUGCCUUUAAAUUUAAAUUAUAUUUUAUGGUAUAAUAUAAUCAACUUAAGCAGAGGACAGA